AUGACAGUCGGAAAGAGCUUCAUCAAUGGCGUCGCCAACUCAGUCGAGCGAAGCCUCAGGAGUUGCAUCCUCCAAGACCCUUCGCUGAGUCUUAUUGCAUCAGAAAAGGUGCUCUAUCGACGAACAGAUCAGACUAAUGACAAAGUCAUCCUCAUUUCCGGUGGAGGUUCUGGUCAUGAACCCGCGCACGCAGGAUACAUCGGCGCGGGAGCAUUGGACGUCGUGGUCGCUGGCGAGAUCUUUGCCUCCCCUUCCGCUUCUCAGAUCCUUACAGGUCUACAGACUGUCAAGUCGUCGAAAGGAUCGUUGAUGAUCGUCAAGAACUACACAGGCGACAAGCUCAACUUCGGCCUCGCAGCAGAGAAGGCAAAGGCAGACGGACAAAAAGUUGAGAUGGUCAUUGUUGGAGAUGAUGUGUCAGUCGAGGGAAACACACUUGUCGGCCAGCGUGGUCUUGCAGGAACAGUCUUCUGCCAUAAGAUCGCUGGUGCAAAGGCAGCUCAGGGAGCCUCCCUUGAGCAAGUCGCCUCUACCACAAGAAAAGCCGGUUCGCAAAUGGCCACUGUCGCGGCGAGUCUCGAUCGAUGUAGUGUUCCCGGACGGACGACUCAAGAAGCACUUCCCCAUGACCAACUCGAAUUCGGAAUGGGGAUACACAACGAGCCGGGUGUCAAGCGUGAAGAAAUUACGAGCCUUGAGGUGACAGUUGAGAAGGCAUUGGGCAUGAUGUUCACUCCCAAAGCCAAUAUGUGGCAACCAGGAAAGGGGCAGCGGGUAGCUCUGAUGGUCAACAACCUGGGCGGCUUGAGUGUCUUGGAGAUUGGUGUUGUUGCAGAUGAGGUGGUAAAGCAAUUAGUGCAACGAAGCAUACACAUCGAAAGGAGUCUUGUUGGCACCUUUAUCACCUCUCUUGACGGGCCCGGCUUCUCUGUCACUCUACUGUCACUCGACGAUGAGUUGAGGGACUUGCUUGACGCUCCUACUACGGCACCGGCUUGGCCACGUUCGAUCCACGGCUGGGCAACAGAUGCAGAGUCUGUAUCGAAGCGUGAGACGAUAGUCCCUGUUGCGAAGGCCAAUACUAGGGAGACGGGAGUCAACGUGCCGACAUCGCUUGUCAAGGUCCUCAUCGAAUCAGUAGCCCAAACAACAGCAAGGGAUGAGCCCAAGAUUACAGAAUACGACACCCUGGCUGGUGAUGGAGAUUGUGGAGAGACGCUUCUGAAUGGAGUCACUGGUCUCGUAAAAGAGUUCGAAAAUGAAAACGCAGCUUCUCUUGACAUCGGCCAAGUCUUCCGACGAACAGCGACAACCGCAGAAAGGAGCAUGGGUGGCACAUCGGGCGCCAUCUAUGCCAUUUUCCUCAAUGCUGUAGCGAACCGACUCUUAGAAUUGACCACUGAGUCUCCAUCGCUUACGGUCUCCGAGUUCAUACAACAAGCUCUUCAGAGCUGCCUGGACGAGCUAUGCAGAUACACGCCCGCACGAAUCGGUCACCGCACACUAAUGGACGCGCUUAUACCAUUCGUCAAGAACUAUUCCCGGGAUGGCUCACUGAGGGCUGCUCUGGCAGAGGCACGCAAGGGAGCUGAGAGUACACGGCAGAUGGUCGCGGCCCUAGGACGGGCGAGCUAUGUUGGGCAGGACAGAUUCGACGAGGAGGGCGGUAUUCCUGACCCCGGAGCUCUUGGUGUUUUUUCUGGAACAAUUGCCGAUCACGAGUCCUUUCUGGUACCGCAGGAGGACGGACCCCGGAUUUUGGCGUCUACAAUUGCCCUGCCUCUCCAACUUUUGGACAUCUUCACUCUCGCCUUCGCCUUCAUCUCCACUCACUCUCCCAAUAAACGAAAGAAGCGUAAAUGCGAUGAGAGUCGACCAGCCUGUGGAACGUGUCGUCGUCGCAAUGAGUCUUGCGAAUGGGGUCUCAAGAUAGCGUUUCGAGCCGAGCAUGCUCAAUGCUUAAAUGCGCGGCAUCCUUCGAUGCGGAAGAUGGCGAGGAGGAGGCAGCCAAGAGAGUUUGAGAUUCUGGAUGUGACGGAUGAAGUCAUUCGUGAUUACAAUGGUGCUGAGACAGAGGAGGAGGAUAACGAGACUAGUGACGAUCGUGCGCGGACAAGCACUUCUGGUCGCUCAAACCUCAUCGGCAAUGGAAGACCUCGCGCCGCAAACAAUACGCCAAGUGGCUAUGUCUCUAUACAGCGACCACCGGUAGUCGAUAUCUCAUCACCGACAUCACAGCGCCAGACCGAAAACGCCGUAGCCGAUCUACUUUACUUCAGCCAAAACGGGCAAUCUCAUUCCUCAGUCGACAUUGAUCCUGCCCUGCAGGUUUCCAUGGAGGCGGUCCCAAUUGACAUGAUAGCAGACUAUCCGUACAUCGACCAGAUGCAAGCAUUUACCCCUGAAGGUAUCUCCGAGGACGGCAUCUUCUUGCCAGGCUCUGCGUACCACGAGUUACACUCGACACUUCGUAAUCAUCUCAUUCAAGAGACACGGUCAAUUGCCCCAACGAGAUCAACAACGCCGCAUAUAGAGGUUCAAAGCUCAGGCGGCGUCUCCCUGGAAGAGACCGAGAUCACGAUCCCAAUACAGGAGUUUCAGCCCUCUCAGACACCACUACUCUCUCAGCAAGAGGAAUGCUCGCUAUGGAAGAACUACUUUGACGAAAUUGCCCCCUGGCUCGACAAAUUCGACCGAGACCGCCAUUUCCAGCAGAUUAUCCCUACAAUGAGCAAAGACAAUGACCACUUACGAUACUCAAUGCUGGCCCUCUCAGCACGACAGCUUGAACUCAAGCAUACACUACCGACGAAUCGUAGCCUCGCCCUCUACCAGGAAGCCAUUCAUAUGCUCCUCCCACAUUUACCAACCCGUGGAACGGCGGUCAUCGCCACGUGUGUCAUUCUGUGCGUGCUGGAGAUGUUGAGCUGUUCACCAAAGGCAUGGCAACGCCAUCUCGAUGGCUGUGCGAGUCUCAUGGAAGCUGUUGGCAUCAAUGGAUUCGUAGGGGGGACAGAGCAGGCCUUAUUCUGGUGCUUUGCGCGUAUGGAUAUCUGCGGCGGCCUCAUAUCGUCCGUCAAGACUCUGAUUCCUAUCUGCCAUUGGGCCUCCAAGACUUUAUCGAUUGAAAACGAUGUCGAGCUCUUCAAGAAUGCUCCAACGUUCGAGGACUGGGCUAACUACGCUGUGUACCUCACGGCUCAAGUGCUGGAUCUGUUGGCUGCCUCCCCUACUGAUCCAACUCGUGAUGAAGCCAAGUUCCGGACUCGAUGGCUGAAGUUGUGGAAGUAUAUCUCUGAAUGGUACCAAGAGCGCCCAGCCCCAUUGCAUCCCAUCAUGACAAUUCCUUCGAGCGAGUCCUCGCCGUUUCCAACGAUUUUGUACUCGAAUCCUGCUGCCAUGUCUGGGAAUCAAAUGCAUCACGCAGCAUCGAUUCUUAUGCUACAGAACCAACCAUCGACAGUACGGCUAGGUCAUGCUUCAAAACCAAGAAGUAUCCUUUGGCAUGCUAGACAGUGUGCAACCGCUGUGGAUUGCCGGAAGAUGCAUGAGCCAUCCGAGUGA